CCCGUCCUUGCUCCCUGACUGGGAGGCUGCUGAGCGGCUCCUCCUCCCGCCCGUGGCCGCCUCCCUCCCCCAGGUUCCGGGCAUGCUCCGUGGCGUCGGUGCGGGGCAGUGGGAGGACAGCUGGGGCUGAGAUUGCAGGACAGUGUCCCUGAGGACGCCGGAUCCCAUCACAACAACCAGCAGCAGCCUCCACCCCCCUCCCCGGCCUCCAUCACUCCGGCCCCCCAGAAUGAGGCAGCGGGGGGCGGCCAUGGCCCCCUGCCCCGGAGCACCGCCUGCCCUGAGAGCCUGACGCUGGCGGCAUGUAGCAGCAGCAGCAGGCCGGGGAUCCUGUUCUCCCGGGGGACAUGCCGGCUGCAGAGCUCCAGAUACAGACACACAGCUAGCGGUCAGCAGCGAGCUCCCGGGCUGCGGCCUGAGCGGCCCCCCUGCCCCGGCCUGUGCUUGGCGGCCAGCGGGCUGACGUCCCAUGAGGCCGGGAUCAUGCAGCAGCCACCGCACAACUACGACUUCUUCAGCGAGGAGAACGGCAGCAAGUGGCGGGGGCUCUUCGUGCCGGCCUUACGGAAGGUCCAGCAGCAAGUUCAUCCCACACUGUCUGCCAAAGAAGACUCCUUGUACUACAUAGAAGAACUCAUCCUCCAGCUGUUGAAUAAAUUAUGCAUUGCUCAGCCCAGGACUGUUCAAGAUGUGGAGGAGCGAGUGCAGAAAACCUUUCCUCACCCGAUUGAUAAAUGGGCCAUCGCUGAUGCUCAGUCUGCCAUAGAAAAACGGAAAAGAAGGAAUCCCCUGCUUCUACCUGUUGAUAAAAUCCAUCCCUUAUUGAAGGAAGUGCUUGGCUACAAGGUGGAUUACCACGUGUCUCUCUACAUCGUGGCGGUGCUGGAAUACAUCUCCGCUGACAUUCUGAAGCUGGCAGGAAACUAUGUUUUCAACAUUCGACAUUAUGAAAUCUAUCAGCAGGACAUUAAAGUGUCUAUGUGUGCCGAUAAGGUUUUGAUGGACAUGUUUGAUCAAGAUGACGACAUUGGAUUAGUUGCCCUCUGUGACGAGGAGCCGUCCUCAACAGGAGAGCUGAACUACUAUGAGCUGGUCAGGACAGAAAUUGCUGGAGAGAGACAAUACCUGCGUGAACUCAACCUGAUCAUUAAAGUCUUUCGGGAAGCAUUCCUAUCAAACAAGAAGCUGUUUACAUCCAGCGACAUCGAGAUGAUCUUCAGUAACAUUCUAGACAUCCAUGAGCUAACAGUGAAGCUCUUGGGUCUGAUUGAGGACACUGUGGAGAUGACAGAUGAAAGCAGCCCACAUCCUCUGGUAGGAAGCUGCUUUGAAGAUUUAGCGGAGGAACAAGCUUUUGACCCAUAUGAAACCUUAUCCCAGGACAUCCUUGCCACCCAGUUCCAAGAACACUUUAAUAACCUCAUGGCUAAGCCUACUGUUGCUCUCUAUUUUCAGUCCAUAUCAGAUGGCUUUAAAGAAGCAUUGAGAUACGUCCUCCCGCGUCUGAUGCUUGUUCCUGUUUAUCACUGUUUGCACUAUUUCGAAUUAUUAGAGAUGUUACAAGAACGCAGCAAAGACCAAGAGGACAGAGAAUGUCUGAAACAAGCCAUCACCGCUCUACUGAACCUCAGAUGUAGCAUGGAACGCAUUUACAAUAAGCACUCGCCGCGACGCCGACCCGGAGAGCCCAUUUGGCGCCUGUACAACCGGCAAAUGCGCAGCAAGCACCUGGCCAUUAAGAAGAUGAAUGAAAUCCAGAAAAACAUUGAUGGUUGGGAAGGCAAAGACAUUGGGCAGUGCUGUAACGAGUUUAUCAUGGAAGGCUCCCUAACGAGGGUGGGGGCCAAACAUGAGCGGCACAUUUUCCUUUUUGACGGCCUGAUGAUCAGCUGCAAAACGAACCACGGACAAUCUCGCAUCCCCGGUUACAACACCGCAGAGUUUCGGCUGAAGGAGAAAUUCGUCAUGAGAAAGGUGCAGGUGGUCGACCGGGAGGACUCCAGCGAGUGCAAGCACGCCUUCGAGCUGGUCUCCAAAGAUGAGAACUGUGUGGCUUUUGCCGCCAAGACGGCAGAAGAGAAAAACAAUUGGAUGGCGGCUCUGAUUUCAUUGCAGUACCGUAGCACGUUGGACCGUAUGCUGGACUCUGUGCUGAUCCAGGAGGAGAAUGAGCAGCCCUUGCGCCUGCCCAGCCCGGACGUUUAUCGCUUUGUAGAGGAGGACUCUGAGGAAAACAUUGUCUUUGAGGACAAUGUGCAAAGUAGGGGAGGAAUCCCCAUUAUUAAGGGAGGGACUGUGGUAAAGCUCAUCGAGAGACUAACAUAUCACAUGUACGCAGAUCCUAACUUUGUACGCACUUUCCUGACCACCUAUCGCUCUUUCUGUAAGCCCCAGGAGUUACUAAGCCUGUUGAUUGAAAGGUUUGAAAUACCAGAUCCUGAACCCACGGAAGCAGACAGGAUGGCUAUUGAGAAAGGAGAGCAGCCGAUCAGCGCCAACCUUAAAAGGUUUAGGAAGGAAUAUGUUCAGCCCGUGCAACUCAGGGUAUUAAAUGUAUUUCGGCACUGGGUUGAACAUCAUUUCUAUGAUUUUGAAAGAGACCCGGAGCUUCUCGACCGAAUGGAAACUUUUAUAUCCAAUGUCAAAGGCAAAUCCAUGAAGAAAUGGGUCGAGUCCAUCGCUAAAAUAAUCAGAAGGAAGAAACAAGCGCAGGCGAAUGGUAUUAGCCACAAUAUCACUUUCGAGAGCCCCCCUCCUCCUAUUGAGUGGCACAUAAGCCGCGCUGGCCAGAGUGAUACAUUUGACCUGAUGACACUGCACCCUAUAGAGAUCGCUCGUCAGCUGACUCUCAUAGAGUCUGAUCUGUACAGGGCAGUGCAGCCGUCAGAGCUUGUAGGCAGCGUUUGGACAAAAGAAGACAAAGAAAUUCAUUCCCCUAACUUGCUGAAGAUGAUCCGUCACACGACAAACCUUACGCUUUGGUUUGAAAAGUGUCUUGUGGAAACGGAGAACUUUGAGGAGAGGGUGGCGGUUUUCAGUCGAAUCAUCGAAAUCCUCCAGGUUUUUCAAGAUUUGAAUAAUUUCAAUGGUGUUUUGGAGAUUGUGAGCGCAGUAAACUCCGUUCCUGUGUAUCGGCUGGAUCACACCUUCGAGGCAUUACAGGAAAGGAAGAAGAAGAUCUUGGAUGAAGCGGUUGAGCUCAGUCAGGAUCACUUCAAGAAAUACUUGGCAAAACUCAAGUCUAUCAACCCACCUUGUGUGCCUUUUUUUGGAAUAUAUUUAACGAAUAUACUGAAGACAGAAGAAGGGAAUCCUGACUUUCUGAAGAGACAUGGGAAGGAAUUAAUCAAUUUCAGCAAAAGACGAAAAGUGGCAGAAAUAACAGGGGAGAUUCAGCAGUACCAAAACCAGCCUUAUUGCUUAAGGACCGAAGCAGAUAUUCAGCGGUUCUUUGAGAACCUGAACCCUAUGGGGAACACGGCUGAAAAAGAUUUCACAGACUAUUUGUUCAACAAAUCGCAAGAGAUCGAACCCCGAGGUUGCAAACAGCCUCCCAGAUUUCCACGGAAAACCACGUACCCAUUGAAGUCCCCAGGUAUAAGACCCAAUAGCGGGAGGCACCUCUCCUCGUCUGGCACACUCCGCGGACAUCCCACCCCUCUGGAGAGAGAACCGUAUAAGAUUAGCUUUAGCAGGAUCACCGAAUCAGAACACGAAUCUACAACAUCUCCACCUGUUUCUCCUAACACUCCCUGUACGCCUCCUGUGUCUGCCUCAUCCGAACUCAGCGUGUUUUUAGACCUUGAUCUGAGCAGUUCUUUCAGUUGCAACAGCAUCUUUGCCCCGGUACUUCUGCCAAAUUCCAAGUCUUUCUUCAGUUCUUGCAAUAGUCUGCACAGGCUAAGUGAAGAGCCUCUGCUGCCUCCCCCAUUGCCUCCACGCAAGAAGGUCGAUCAGGAUACCUCCAACCUCAUGGGAAAUUCUAGACAAGAUGAGGAACCUCCCGCCAUUCCACCCAGAUUGCCUCCACCUCCAAAGAUCCAGCCCAGAGUUCCUGCUUAUAUUGGGCAGUUUGAUGGACCUCUGCACAGCCCGCCUCCCCCUCCACCGAGAGAUCCGCUUCCCGACACCCCACCACCAGUCCCACAGAGGCCUCCAGAACACUUUAUAAACUGCCCCUUGAAUCUUCAGCCUCCACCCCUGGGACGUCUUCACAGAGAGCAGGAAUGGUUCAGGGAGGUCAACACAGUUCCAAACUCUCCUUGUACCCCUCCCAGUACCCCAUCUCCAAGAGUGUUGCGACGCUGCUGCGGUCUUAGCGCGAGCCACAACAACCUCUUUCAGUCUGCAGCUCCUCCGGUUCCUCCCAGGCAGAACUCCAGUCCUCAGCUACCAAAACUGCCUCCAAAGACUUACAAAAGGGAUUUCUCCCAUCCACCUUUGCACAGACUAACCUUAUUGGAAAAUUCAGAAACUCCGCAAUGACGUAUAGCCAUAACAGUCCUUGACACUGGAUAGGGAUCAGCAAAUGGACUUAUACUUCACUUUCUUUGUGUUUUUGUAAUUUAUUUUGGAAAAGGCACUGUACUUUCACUUUUAACCCAUUCUCUGCCUGAUUUAUUGUCGCUUGUUUAACGACAGAGGGGUUUAACAAUAACACUCUUUUUUUUUUUUUUUUAAGUGCUACUGAUCGCAAACAGCAAGCGCAGGAAUGAAGUCCAUGGGAGGACUGUUUCAACACACUACGGCCUUCAAACACUAAAACAGCGUGUUACUGCCUCAGGUGAAAAUGUGUCCUGACCUUUUGGACACACCAUGCUUGUCCAGAGCUUUUUUUUCGUUUGUUACUUUUUUGUUUUGCACUGUACCCUCCGAAAGACCAAAUCAGUGAGACAUCGGUUAUAUACACGGAACCAUAUAAUUAUAUGGGAUUGUGUUGUUGUUUUUUUAGGAGGGAUAUUUUGUUACAUUUAUUUAAAGCACUAGUGGCCUAUUUAUUUCCAAACGCUGAACCGGGACAUACAGCGUCAUUGAACCGCCUUAGGAAUCUAGAAGUUACAUCAUUCCACUAGGCUCUCUAUUGCUGGAUAAGUCCUAAUAGACCCUGCAGAGCAGACAGUGCUGACCCCUGCGAAGGUGAAGGGGUUACAGUCUACCUGUCGCCUACAAGCAGCCAAUGUGCGGGAGAAUGCGGCCCAUAAAUUCAUUAGGAGCUAAUGACGGCAGUGAGACGCACAGUGCCUCAAGUUUAUUACUGCUUCCUAGGGAAUUGGAAGUCUGUUUUUUUAUGUCUCCCGCAAACGGCAGCUGACUCUCUUUGCAUAGGCAAGUGUUUACCGACUGUCAGAAUUCAACAAAGAGAACCUAGCAAGAAACAAGUUUUCAUAUAGAAUUGAAGUGCACUACAUGUUUAUUUGUCACAAACACUACCUAAAGAAAUAAAUAGCUACUGGAUCUCGAAUAAUUAGUAUUAAGCAUGCAGCGUAUUCAAAUGUGCCUUUUUCCUUUAUUUUAGCAGGUAAAAGCCAGACUGGGCUCAUAAGUUGCCUUUUCUUUGGGGGGGAGAUCUCCGCUGAAUGUAUACGCUAUCAGGUUUGUGUGUUGGGAACUGGCAAAGGACACAUCCCAGCUCCUUCAGCCAUGUAAUAACAAUUUUCCCUUAACAGGUUCUUAAACAGUCACUUAUUUUCUGAAGAAUGUCUUAAGCCGCCAUGGAGUGCUUUACUGCGCAGAACCAAUGCCGCUGGCAAAGUGUUUGGUAGUCUUGGUAGGUCACAAAGCAAAAAGGUUGAAGCACAAUAUUCUCAAUAAAGUCUCAUGCCAUGUUUUUUUUUUUUUUCAAAAUCUUAUCACAAAUGUGUCUUAAGCACAGAAUUUGCAAAUGGCAUGAAAAGGAUUUGAAAAACAAAAAUUGAACGUUCGAUCAGAUAUUCAGUUAUUGCCCUUUUAUAGAUAUUUUUUUAUAACGUAGAGUAGUCUACAUCAAAACCACAGCUUAGAUGUGUUGCCUGCACAGUCCAUGGAUGAAGCCACGUAAUAGACAAGACCGUUAGUAAGAAGAUAAUAUUGGUUUGUUAAGCGCUCAUAACAUCCGUGAGGAAGAGAGAACAUGUUGGCUACACUCUUGUGAACAUGCAACCUGUGUGUCUCCUUCCACUGGGCAUGGCACAGUACAAAGUUAUAUUUAUUUAUUUUUUUCCCAAAAUCAUGGCACUCUCGGAUAAAGUGAAGGAAAACCGUAUUGUGAUUAAAAACUGAUAUAGCUGGUAUGUUGUAUUCCUCUUUUACGGCUAUUCUGGAUCGAUCUACCUGGAUUUCAGCUGAUGCAUAUGGAAGGUAACUAAAUAACAUUGUGAUACACGAACAAGAACAAAUGAAAGCAUUCUACAGUCUCUUCUGAUUAAUCAUACUUUGGUAGCGGUGGUAUAAAUCCGACGUCGCUUAAGGUUAAGCUCCUGAUUAAAUCUGCAAACUCAGUCGCAAUUUUAUUUUAACUGAGCCUCUAAUGACGAUGGUGUGGGAUGUCACAUGACUUAUCAGGUUUCAGCAGUGUUUGUACAGAUGUCUUAAGAGCCACGUUUAUUUCCUGUCCUGUGGCCUUUUACUGUGCUUUGUAUCUGUGUUCUUAACAGAUGUAAUAAAUUUACAGUAGUCUUAA